AUGCGGGGCCAACGGAGUCUGCUCUUGGGCCCAGCCCGCCUCUGCCUGCUUCUCCUUCUGCUCCUGGGUUACAGGCGUCACUGCCCACCUCUGCUCCGGGGCCUGGUACAGCGCUGGCCUUAUGGAAAGGUUUGCCUGCGCUCCCUGCUCUACAACUCCUUUGGAGGCAGUGACACUGCUGUUGACGCUGCCUUUGAGCCUAUCUACUGGCUGGUGGACAAUGUAAUCCGCUGGUUUGGAGUGGUGUUUGUGGUGCUGGUGAUCGUGCUGACUGGGUCCAUUGUGGCCAUUGCUUAUCUGUGUGUCCUGCCCCUCAUCCUUCGAACCUACUCAGUACCACGACUCUGCUGGCAUUUCUUCUAUAGCCACUGGAAUCUGAUCCUCAUCGUCUUCCAUUACUACCAGGCCAUCACCACUCCUCCUGGAUACCCACCCUAGGGCAGGAAUGACAUUGCUACCGUCUCCAUCUGUAAGAAGUGCAUUUACCCCAAACCAGCCCGAACACACCACUGCAGCAUCUGUAAUAGGUGUGUGCUGAAGAUGGAUCAUCACUGCCCUUGGCUAAACAAUUGUGUGGGCCACUAUAACCAUCGCUACUUCUUCUCUUUCUGUUUUUUCAUGACUCUGGGUUGUGUCUACUGUAGCUAUGGAAGUUGGGACCUUUUCCGAGAGGCUUACACUGCCAUUGAGACUUACCACCAGACUCCACCUCCUACCUUCUCCUUUCGAGAAAGAAUAACUCACAAGAGUCUUGUCUACCUCUGGUUCCUGUGCAGUUCUGUGGCACUGGCCCUGGGUGCCCUAACCAUAUGGCAUGCUGUUCUCAUCAGUCGGGGUGAGACUAGCAUCGAAAGGCAUAUCAACAAGAAGGAAAGAUGUCGGUUACAGGCCAAGGGCAGAGUAUUUAGGAAUCCUUACAACUAUGGCUGCUUGGACAACUGGAAGGUGUUCCUAGGUGUGGACACAGGAAGGCACUGGCUGACCCGGGUGCUGUUACCUUCUAGUCACCUACCCCAUGGGAAUGGAAUGACCUGGGAUCCUCCUCCCUGGGUGACUGCUCACUCAGCCUCUGUGAUGGCUGUGUGAGCCACAACUUGAACGUUGUUCGAUGCUUGUUAUGUCUCUUUCAAGAACUUCCAAGGGCAGCUUUUCUUGGAAUCCAUGACCAUAAAGAGCCACUAGGCCUGCCUUAGAGUAUUACUUAGGGACAACUCAAGAGCAAUCUUCUGGCCAUCUCAAAACAAGAUACAGUUGGGUGGCAGCAGUGCAUGACUUUAAUCCUAGCACCCGGGAGGCAGAGGCAGGUGGAUUUCUGAGUUCCAGGCCAGCCUGGUCUACAGAGCAAGUUCCAGGACAGCCAACGAUAUACAGAGAAACCC